CCCUAACAAAACACAGCAGAGCAGGAGGAGUAUCUGGUGUGCAGCAGCAUGUAAGAUGUGAGAGGAGCGGAGACUGUACAGACAUGGACUUUACUUUCUGAUAAAACAGGAGAAACGUGCUGAAUGUAGCGGAGAAAAAGCUCCCGUACUGGCUGUGUAUUGAUCCGAGUAGCGCUGCAGUGAAUGGAAGAUGGCGGAAGCUCCUCUCCAGACCUGCCGGUUUUUCUGUCACAGAUGUUCGGAAGAGAUCAGCCCGCGUCUCCCGGACUACAUCUGUCCACGGUGUGAGUCCGGUUUCAUUGAGGAGUUACCAGAGGAGACGAGUACAGAAAAUGGGUCCUCGUCCACGAGUAAUCAGAAUCGACCUUCAUUUGAGAAUGUGGACCCGACAUUGUUUACGUUUCCACACCCAUACGGCCAGCUGGCUCUGGGCAUCUUUGGCGAGGGCUUCGACCUCCGGACGGGCAUGCCCUCUGAAGAUGGACGUGACGCAGAGAACCGACGGGAGCGGGACAUGGCAUCACGUCAGCGGUACGGAGCCAGGCAACCUCGCGGACGCCACGUUCCGCGGAGACAAGGGACGCGGCAUGAAGGAGUGCCCACUUUAGAGGGAAUAAUUCAGCAGUUAGUAAAUGGAAUCAUCGCACCAACCGCUAUGCCAAACAUGGGCUUGGGACCAUGGGGAAUGCUACAUUCAAAUCCAAUGGACUACGCAUGGGGUGCCAAUGGAUUAGACGCCAUUAUAACACAGUUAUUAAAUCAGUUUGAAAAUACAGGUCCGCCUCCCGCAGACAGAGAAAAGAUCAAAAACCUCCCGACAGUUCAGAUCACAGAGGAGCACGUGGGUGCGGGUUUAGAAUGUCCUGUGUGUAAAGAAGACUAUACAGAGGGGGAGAGUGUUCGACAACUUCCAUGCAAUCACCUCUUUCACAAUAACUGUAUAGUGCCCUGGCUCGAACAGCACGACACGUGUCCGGUGUGCAGAAAGAGCCUGAGCGGCCAGAACACAGCCACAGACCCUCCCGGCUUAUCAGGGAUGAACUUCUCUCCUUCCUCAUCAUCCUCUUCCACCUCCAGCUCUCCCAGCAACGAGAACGCUGCCAACAAUUCCUAAACCCCCCUCAGUGCUCACACACAUACAAACACACGCAGAGCCACCGAAACAACCGUUUAUCACAAUUCACCAUAUCAUCUCAGAGUGCAAGCGUCGCCAAUAGCUUAAAUCUACCAGUCGAGCUUUUUGUCUGACCUUUUUUCUACAUUAAUCUGAGUAACGCAGAACCUGCUAUGGAGAGCUGAGCGUGUGGCGGAGCGCUUUGAAGCUCCAGUUCACUCUUAGUUCUGCCGUAAUUGCAGUAUUAAAGAGGAGGUGAAAAGGCCGAGCUGAAACCUGACUAUAAUCUUCUAGAAAGCACCCUUUAAUGCCAGCAACUCGUCGUCAGCUUCAUUAUCAUCAGCGGAUUCACUGGAACAUAUGCCAAAGGACAUUGAAAUAGAAAAAAAACAAUUACACCCCCCCCUCCGUUCCACACACACCACAUUCACCUGAGUUCAUUCAUUCAAUCCCUGGCUUUUUUAACAGUGAACUGAAGCAUGAUUGUUCCUCAUGGCUUUUUUUAAACAAUGGAAGGGCAGUUCUAUUCAGCGCAGUGAUUUUAAUUUAGAAACUGACUUUGGGGUUAAAAAGGGAAAAAAACAGAGGACGUACAGAAGCAAUGCAGAACUCAUUCAGGUCCAGAGGUUUGCACGUACGCACACCCAGCCAGUACCUGUAUUUGAAUGUCUUUUUACUAGGUAAGACUUGAAGUCUCUCGAUCCAAUAAAAGGGGACCCCUUCGCCUAGAACCA